AUGACUUAUCCACAUGCAUUGGAGGUUACUGGUCGUUCUCUACGGGCCAUACUAGUAAAGCUUUUUGCAGGUGAAAUGGACGCGCUAGUAGGUGAAUCUUGUCAGAUUCGUCCAGCCAUUGUGCAUCUUCCGCCGAACACGCGUGUGAGAUCUUCCAAAUAUGGAUUGUCUGCAGAAGAGAUGUCUGCAAUGCCCAAUUUCGCACUUCAAUCUGGAUCAGGACCACAUGAAGUGAAUCGACGCUUGGUUAAGCAUUCGUCAAGCUUCCAUAUAAUAUUUGACAUUUUGAAGAAGCAGCUUACGACGACGAUGAUGAUCACCAAAUACCUAAAACUGAUUUGA